UUAUCCCGUUUUCAGGCUUCCUGUCCGUCUCUCUCUAAUCUGUCAAUGGUCUUUCUCUCUCUCAUUUGUUCAAGGUGCCUUUCUAUCUCUGGCUCUGGACACUGAGAAAACCCACAAAAAAAUCUCUGCAAAAUUCAGUGAAAAUGGGGAGCAAUUGGAGGAGGAAUCUUGGAAAUGUGAGAUCGUUCAUUGGGAAUUCGAUGGGUGGUUUAAGAGGGGGAAGUAACCUGGCUUCUUGGGCAGUUGCUUGUACCUUGGCAUACUUCCUUUGGGUCAAGCCUGCUCGAGAGCUCAGAAAAGAACAAGAGGAGAGAGCAGCGCUUGCUGCAAGUUCAGAUCCUUAUCGAUAUGUUGAGAAACGAAAACCAAUUCCAGACCCUCAGAAAACUGGUUUGAUCUAUGGGAAAGGGCGCCAAACAGAAAGAUCAGAGGGAUAAUUCACCUUGUGAACACGCUUCUUGGGAGUUGGGUGAAAGAGCUCCUAUGGUGCUUGGCUCUUUGGAUUUGUAGAGAAACAAUGAACAAGGAUGUGCAACUGGAUGAAUUCUUUCUGUAUGUCGUAUCUCAAGCAUAUAUUUUUUUUUUUGAUUUUAGGAACAUAGUUUUCAACUUUGAAAUCAGAGGUACACAAGAAAAUAAGUGGAAGAUAUCACUUUUGUACACAGGUUUCUAUAGGCUUAUUUAGUGUUCACUACAUUGGUGCUUUUGGUUCAAAUUCAUUGAAAUUUUGGAUGUAUGACAAAUUAACUGCUCAUUGAAUGAAGUAAAACUCUAUGAAAUUUUGAA